AUGAUAUUUACAUGUAUUGAAUAUUAAAAUGAGAAUUUUAAUAAUACAUAUUCAAAUAAACUUUCUUUUUUAUGCAAUUUAUAAACUUAGUGGUUAUCUAUUAAUUUAUUAUCAUAGAAAUUUUUUUUUUCUUUUUUUACUGUUUCCACUUUUAUUUAAUUGAUAAGUACUUAUUUUUAAUUUUAGACCAAAUUUAAGAAUUAAAUCAGAAUUAAAAACUAAAAUAAAGAAAAAUUAUGUGGAUAAUAGGAUCUUUAAAAAAUAGUUAGUAUAAGCAAAUUUAGUAAGUGUUUACUCUAAAGAAUAGCUGAAGUUGGAAAUGAAAAAUUCUCAUUCGUAGGAGAUAAGGAUGAUAUCAAUUUGAAAGUCAUUGAUUUAUUAGAAAAUUCUUUAAAUUAUGAUUUAUUCGAUUUCUAUUAGUAAAUAAUAGUGUUUUGGAGAAAAAUCAAGAAGACAAAUUUUAUUUUCAAAAAAACUUAGAAUUCAGAAUUAAUUGUUCUAAUAAAUGCAUAAAUAAAUCUCUUUGAUUUUAGAAUGAAUAUAAAAGUUCUCAAGAUAAUGAAUAUUUCUAUAAAAUAGCUACUCAUAGGCACAUAAGAGAUGAUGAAAAAUCAAUAUCCUAAAAAGAUUAAAGAAUGUAUAUAAUUCCUCAAAUAUAAAUUUUUCAUUAUAAAAUCAAAUUUUUUGUUCUAGCACAGCAUUCAUUUGUGAGGUUUUCGAAAAUGAAAAAAAGCUUAAAACACUAAUAAGAAAGGGCUCAUUUUUAGAAGAAGAGUCGAAAAGAUUUCAGAAAGGAAAUUUCAGCUUUAAGGUAAUAAUGAAUAUGAAUAUUUCUAGAAUAUUCUGUAGAUAGGUCAAUGAUGGAUUAACCUUUACUUUCCAUCUUAAAAAUUGUUAAAAGAAAAGUAAAAUAUCCUUUGUUCUUCAAAUGAUGAGUUCGGAAUAUAAUAAAAAUGGUAGAAAUCCUGAAGUGCUAAUGUUAUAUCCAAUAUGUUUAAUAAAAGGAAAAGAAGAAGAUUUAAAUAACCUCAUCAUCUCAUCCUGA